ACUAGAUCACAACUCGCUGCGCUGAUGUAGUCAUGAAUACGGACGUAAACAAGAUGGCAGACACUGGAGCAAAAUCGACAAAGAGCAAAACCAGUUUAUCGAAUUCAUUAACAAAAUAUCUCCAAGAUACUGUUUUACCGAGAAGACAAGAAAUACAGGAGGUUCAUAGAGCGCUUAUCAGGCGAAUCAUUGCGCCGAUUUUGAGCAAGGUUGGUGAGCUGGAUGACCGCUUCCAAAGUGAAUGCGAGGGACUGUUGAAUGAAACCGGGAAUAGCUUUGUGCGUGUGAAUCACAGUGAAUACUACAAAGUUGAUGUCGCCGUCGUUUUAUCGAAUCUCCUGUCUCCAAAAUGUCUCGCAAAAUCUUCUCAAGAUCCUCCUCUACAAGGCCAAGGGCAACUACCUGCAGCUUUCCUAGACAGUGCUGCUUGUGACAACCCAUACAUUUCGCCUCUUUUCGGCUUUGGAUAUGUUCUUGCUGAUCCCGAGAAAUUGCUCAUCCAUGAUUUGUUAAGUAUCAAGCAAGAUGAUGUUUCCUCAGCCCAGCAUGAUGAUAUCAGUUUUUCAAACAAAUCUUUCCUUUCCCCUGGGAAGGUCGUGAAGAGGUUCGCCAACCUCGUAGAAGAAAGUGUGGAGAUUUUACUUGAGGAGUGCGUCUGGGAGAAAGAACCAACGGUCUAUGAAAUUUCUGUGAAAAGAGAAGGUCAUGUUGUGAGGCUUCAUGCUAUACUGAGAGGCGAGGAGUAUACGAUUGAAUUAAUCCCUGCAUUGGAACUCAGCGGCUGCUGGCCAAAGAGUUUGCAGAACUGGGGACCCGAGUGUGCCGCAAGACCUAACCAGUGGCUGGACUAUGCUCGUAUGUCAAAGGUCAAGCAUAAAUUCCACGUCUACCCUGCCCGCCCUCCACCGGGUCACGAUGCAUUCCGGCUCUGGUGCACGUACUUCGGCCUGAGUGAGAAGGUCCUGGCUCGGACGGUGAUCGAGGAUGACGCCCCAGAGGUGUCGUGUCGUGCUUCUGUCCUGCUCACGAUGCUCUCACUCUGUGAUGAGAACUUGGAAGAGUUUCAUCCAAUCACGCCACCCAUCGUCACAACAGCUUUCCUUCAUCAAUGCACGCAGUAUCCUCUGCAAGACGACUGGACACCCAGCAAACUCGGAAGAGCGUUCGUUGACCUCUUCAUGGCGCUCAUUGCCAUGUUGAAAUCAGGAACGUGCAAUCACUACUUUCUGUCAUCGUACAACAUCUUGGUUAACUCAGAAGACCCAAAGCCUGUGGCACACCAUCUCAAAGCCAUUCUUAAUGACAUCGUGGAGAACCCAAACAAGACCCACUUCUUGCAUCUUAAUCAUAAGCGGACAAGCAGAGCUAGUAGCACAGCAAGUCGAUAGACAUGUAGGCCUUUGACAAGGUGUCUCACCUUCACACCAGAUAUGACGAGCUUGAAGUCUACAAGUCUUUUUUUGCCAGUUGUCUCUGGUAGUUGUUAGAAAGGCCAUCAAAAGGCUACUGGUAAACUAGUAAAGGAUAUGGUGUCUACGUGAACAUGUUUUUGCAAAAGUUUGCUUCUUAAAAAGAAAUGGCAUGCUUAUGUGCAUUAUUGUGGUUACCCUAUGGUAGAAUUACUAUGAGCUGCCGAGUAUUUUAAAGCAAUGCCCUGCUACAAAGAUUUCUCAGAGCAGUUGUUGUCCUGUUACAUUUUCAUGUUUCAGCU